AUGGCAAUUGAAUCCCGCAUUGCGCUGGCCACUAUUGUUUCGCACAGGAAAGAUGAUGACCUACAGGCUGCCUUCCAAUCCUAUCAGGAUCUAGGUAAGCCCCGCACUGAUCGGGUGACAAACACCAGCUUCGAAGCUGGAAAUCUUGUAAGCUCAGACGAUUUAGACCACUUGAGCGACAAGUUCAACCCUGACGCCCUGAUAGAACGUAUGAGAUGGAUCAGGGAGUACAAUGUUCUCGAUCAUCUGAAGGUCAAGGGCGCCGACUACAUGGAAUACAGUGGGUCUCGCAUCUAA